AGAGUAUGGAAUGGAUAAGCUAAUCAUCAGUUUAUCAACAUCUGUUAAAAUCAUAACAACUCAAGUUUCUAUUUAGCAUUAACUUCGAUUAAAACUCAAUCUCAACAUGAACUUUUACAAGAUCUUCGCCUUCGUCGCCCUCAUCUUAGCUAUCAGUGUCGGACAAUCUGAGGCUGGAUGGUUGAAGAAACUCGGCAAGAGAAUUGAACGCAUUGGCCAACACACUCGGGAUGCCACCAUACAGACUUUGGGAAUUGCUCAACAAGCUGCAACUGUUGUUGCCACAGUUAAUGGAUAG